GUGGCAGAUUACUCCUUUGUAGAAGUCCAUAAAGUGAUAUACAUCAACCACACCAAGGUUAAUGCUGUAGAUAUUGUUAUAAGGGAGUGUGAGACUAUUGAAACAUGUAACUUUCAGAGUUUAUUGUUGUUAUUAAUAUAGUUUACAGAGGGCUAAAAGUGCUGCUGUUGCUAGCUAGCAUGUCAUUCUGUGAUGCAGACGGUUAGCUGAGCUGCCGACUGGUGCUGGCGUUGCAAUAUGGGAGAUGUAGUUUUGGCCCUCUAUGGUCUGAACGGGAUAGAGGCGAUUUCACGUUGUAACUUGUUUUUGUACAUGAGUUGUUGUAUUUUGAUACUGUCAACACUGAAAGCACCUAGCAAUGUAUUGGGGAUGUGAGACAGGAUAUGUAUUUUACCUUUCUUCAUGCUCCUGUAUAGAACAACUGGUCAGAUGGUACAUUGGAGACAUGUGUUCCUGUCCUGUCUUUUCACAAUACUAUUGCAGGUACAAAGCCAUUGUGAAUCCUAUGGACAUCCAGACAUCCAGCGCCGUGUUCUGGACAUGUCUGAAAGCUGUGUCCAUCUGGGUGAUCUCCGUCCUGCUGGCGGUGCCCGAGGCCAUCUUCUCCCAGGUAGUACACAUCCAGGACAAGAAUGUGACCUUCACCGCCUGCGUGCCCUAUCCCCUUUCCAACGACAUGCAUCCCAAGAUCCACUCCAUCCUCAUAUUCCUGGUGUACUUCCUGAUUCCCCUGGGGAUCAUCUCUGUAUACUACUUCCACAUCGCCAGGACUCUAGUCAAGAGUGCUCACGACAUGCCUGGAGAGAUCAGUGAGCACACGAAGAGACAGAUGGAGACGAGAAAACGGCUGGCCAAAAUUGUUCUGGUUUUUGUGGGCCUCUUCGCUCUUUGCUGGUUCCCCAACCAUGUCUUGUACAUGUACCGCUCCUUCAACUACCGUCAGAUCGACUCCUCUCUGUCGCACCUCAUCAUCACCCUGCUGGCCCGGGUGCUAAGUUUCUCCAGCUCCUGUGUCAACCCGUUUGCCCUCUACCUGCUGAGCGAGAGUUUCCGAAGGCACUUCAACAGCUCACUGCACUGCAAGAGGAAGCCCCACCACGAACGCAACACUAGCUACCUGCAGCAUACCUCAGCCAUAAGAAUGACCUCCAUCAAGAAGACCACCCCUACUGUCAUCAACGGACAUGGCAACAGGCAGGAGGUCACUCUGUAGGUUUAGGAUGUCACCUGAUGACAUGUAAGUGGUGGGAGUGGCACCAAAAAAAAGUUACGUGCAAAGCUUUUACAAGGAGAACUAUUAUGAAAAGGUCAUGCAUGUGUGCUGAACAGAAAAUGCUUUGUUUGAAGCUGUCUUGUCUAUACAUUCCCCACAAUGCCACAUAUCACUGAUGAUGAGAUGAUCACCCAUGAACUUGUCAACAAAUCUGUCUUGAGAGAUUCCGGUAUCCACAAUGUUCCAUUUUUCAUGCUUUGUAGUGUCAAUCUACAUGUUUUACUUUACACAGUUUGCAUAGAUAUAUACUGUCUGCGAAGCAAGCUGACCAAACUGCAAACCCAAAGAGCAGGUAGUUGCUCCCACGACAGGAAAUCUAUGUCCCUGUGUUUUUAUUUAUUUAUUUCAUCUUUAUUUAACCAGGUAGGCUAGUUGAGAACAAGUUCUCAUUUGCAACU